AUGGCGUCCGCAACUCACCGCCCGCACGCAGCCCGUCGGGAGGCCCCACGUCCGCCCUGCUUUCCUUUUGGCUGGAGCUUGCCGGAGGCGGGAGGUUCGCUCUGGGCGAGUCUGGGGUCCCCGCCGAGCCUCUGUCCGGUCCCGAUCCCCGAUCCCGAUUCCCGAUCCCGAUUCCCGAUCCCGGUUCCCGCUGCCGUGGAGCGGCAGCAGGAGCUGAAGGUGCUGCUGAAGCGCUGGGAAACGGAAUUCCUGGGGGAAAGGCGGCGGAAACCCAGCCAGAUGCUGCUGAGGGCCGCGGCGGGAAUUUCUUCCCUUUUCUUCGGGAUAUCCUUGGAUUCGGAGUUUCCCUGGAAUUCUCCCUUGGUGGUUCCUCAUCCUGGGGGUGAAGAGCGGAAAAACUCUAUAACCCACAAAGGAAGUUGUAAGAGUAGCCCCCCAGAAUCCAUGGAUUCUCUCGUUCUUCUCUGUGCCCGCCGCGUUGUUGCCCAGUGCUCUCCUCCCGCCGUUCACGCCCUUCGCAACCUUCCCCCCGAUCUCUAUCCCCUCCUUUUCCAAUUGGCUUUCCUGCAUGGAAAACCCCUGGUCUUGCGGGUUUUGGUGGCCUUUUGGCCUUUUCCGGAGCUCCACUUCCAGCGGCUCGUAAGGGACUGGAAGCUGCUCCCGGAUCAUACCUGCAUGGACUGUAUCCAGGCCGUCAUCGAGGGCGUGGUGGAGCAGCUCCAGCGGGUGCUGCGAGAGCCAGGCUGCCAUUCCAGCCUGCGUAUGCUGGACAUGACUGGACUCCCGGAUUCCGUUUCCAGCCGCACCCUGUCUGGGUUCUCCAUCUGGUCCACCACCAGGGCAUUGGCCAGAGCUUGUGUGGAGAUGUCCAAGCAUCAGCAGGAAUUCCAGAGGCACAGAGGUCGUUCCAGAGGUCGUUCCAAAGGCCGUCUGCGGCCUUUGGGCAUGGACGUCCGUGCCGACCUGUGUGUUGACAUAUUGUCCUAUGGGAUUCUGCACAAUGCUCUCCAUGCCACGGCUGCUGUCCCACUGCGCCUCAAGUGCCGCAUUUUCAAAGCCAAGGACAUCUUGGCAUUUGAGAUUGUGACUUUGUUGGAAUCUCUGGAUCCAUCCUGUGUGCGGAGGGUGGAUCUUUGCUUCAAAAGUUUGGGAUUGACCGAGUUCUCAAAGAUCCUGCUGCAACUCUCGCGCUUCCCAGAGCUGCGCAGCCUCAAGCUCCAUAACAGCAAUGUGGACGUGCAGCACCCGAUGCUGGAAUCAGCCAUCAUAACCCCUUUGCUGGCCUGGAGGCAGGGAAUUCUGCCCAGCCUCCCGGAGCUCAGCCUGGGGUCCUCCAGGCUCUCUGGGAUUCUGCGCCAGAUCCGGUGCUUCCACGCUCCAGCCCUCAAAAGUUUGGAUGUGAACGGCCUUGAUGUCUCCAAAGGCUUCCUGGAGCCGCUCCAGCUGCUCCUGGAGGAAACCUCGGCCUCGCUGCUGCACCUGGAUCUGAGGGAUUGCCGCAUGGCCAACGCUCACCUGGAUGCGCUGCUCCCGGCGCUCCUACGCUGUUCCCACUUGAGAUUCCUGGGACUGCACGGCAAUCACCUGUCCACGGUCGCGCUUAAGAAUCUGCUCCAGAAAAUUGUGGAGCUGCCGGAUCUUCAUCUAGUCGUGUAUCCCUUCCCUGUGGAUUGCUACAAGCUGGACCGCCUGGAAUCUGGUUUCGAUUUUGUAACCGAUGAGGAGCUUUUGGCAGCGGCCACAGCAGAGUUUUUCCAAAUCUUGGAGAAUUCCAGGAGAACCGACCUCGACUGGACUUACAAUCCUGACAGCCAUGACGUCCUGGACUACUUUUCCUUGUGAUUUGGGAAAGCCUCAGAGGUGGGAAACUCUCAGAGCCUCCAUCGCAGAAAAGUGCCACCGCCUCCUUCCUGAAAUCCAGGCAUUUCCACCUCAUCCUGAUGCUUUUCUGUCUCAUUUCAGUGGGUUUUCUUUCAUUUUGGUAAUUUUCUGCCUGGUUUUGUUCAUUUUCCAUUUCAUCCAGAUGUUUAUCCACCCCAUCCCAAGACUUUUCGCUGGUUUUGUAGCUUUUCUGCCAUGUUCUAAGGUUUUCUCCCUUUAAGUACUGUUGUUCUCAGUUUGAUAUUGAUGGCAAACCUUUAUCAUUAAACCCAAAAAAGAGCCCAGGCCACCGUGCCUUGACAGAAGUAGUGGUACCCAAUUAAAUGAUUCUGGUACCUCAGUCACUUAUCCCUCAGUCAACCAUUCCUCAGAUGGUUCCAGCUCAAUCCUCUGAGGUGCAAGGUUGGAAUUGGCUUCCUCAAAAUUGAUACACCUUUCAAAUAAUUUUUAUUAUGAAAGCAUUCCUGCUGGAAAUACUGGUUCUUUUCAACAAAGACAAGAUCUUUUGCUUAUAGGCAAGGCCAGCAACAAAAUUUUUGAACUUCAAGUCCUUCCAGCUGUUGCUUCAGUAAAUUGUAAGGACGAGCUAAUGAUUUUAACUCUUGCAUUUAAUGUUCCUAUGGCAAUUCCACCAAAACCACCUCCAGCUAUUGUAUUUCUUUUACCCAUGAAUACACCCAAGCAAAACUUUCCGGAGCAUUCAAUUAUGCCUGUGCCAUUUGGAACCUCAGGCCCUGAGGUCUUUUGGGUGCAAUAUUUAGACCACAACUAACCAAAAUUGACUUGCAGCCUGACUCACUGUGGUAAAACAAUUUUUCUUACAGGCAUGCCAGAUACUGGUAAUUUCUCAGGUUUUGGCCCAGCCAUUGGGCUUUGGUAGCUCCUGCAGGUUCCCUCACAGGGGUUGGAGGUGCUACAGUGUGUUUGCAAAGUGCACCCAUGAUUAACAUUACAGGUCCUGAAGGACAGACAAUGACAGUAAGUCCUUUUGUUGUUCUAAGUUCUUUCACAGUCUGGGAGAGAGAGAUCCUGUCCCAAUGGGGAGCAAGACUGGAAGUAGGCCUGUUACAGAAACCAUGUCAAAACCUGCCAGUUUAAGGCUGAACUGGAAAACUGAUGGUAUUGUAUGGCUUGAUCAAUGUCUUUAACAGAGAAAAAAUUUAAUAUCCUUAAAAAAUUGGUAAAGGAGCAAUUUGCAACAAGGUCAUAUGACACCACAGAUAGUGCCUGGAAUUCACCAGUGUUCAUCAUCCACAAGAAGACUUCGGAUUCCUGGAAGUUGCUUCAUGACCUGAGGAACAUCAAUGAAGUGAUUGAAGACAUGGGACCUCUUCAGCCAUGACUUCCUUCUUUAUCAGUGAUUCCAAAACACUGGUCUGUCGUUGUCAUCGAUUUAAAGGAAUGUCUUUUCCACAUCCCACUUCAUCCUGAUGAUGCUCCAAGAUUUGCUUUUUCAGUUCCGUCAUCAGUCAAAGCCCAUGCAGAGAUAUCACUGGAAAUCAUUGCCUCAAGGAAUGAAGAAUUCACCUACGAUCUGCCAAUAUUUUGUUGCACAAGCUUUGUCUCCAGUUCGACAGAAGCAUCCAAGAUCCAUGAUUCUACACUACAUGGAUAAUUUGCUCAUUGCAGCUCCAACACAGACAGAGAUGGAGCAAACUCGUGCUUGUGUUGUUACUGAAAUCCAAAAUGCUGGACUUGAAAUUUCUAUAACCAAAAUUCAAAAUUUCCACCCUGGAAGUAUCUGGGAUCGAAGAUGACUGAAAAAACAAUUGCACCAUAGAAGAUACAGCUCCGGACUAGUGUCAACAACCUGCAAGAUCUACAACAGCUUCUAGGAGAAAUCAGCUGGGUCAGACCUAUUUUGGGAAUUACCAACAAAGAAGUGCAGAAGUUAAGUGGAUCCCAGCAAAUAAGGUCAAACCAUGUCACACCCAGGAAUGUGUUGAUGAGUUGAAGACUGUAGAAGCAAGUACGUGGACAUGAGCCAAACAGAAGGAUCACGGUCACGCCUGAUGUUCCUUGUUUAUCGGUGGAACCUUCAAACACUGAUUUUGUGUUAUUUAUAAAUGUAUUAACUCUUGGUUUCGUAGAGCUCUUUUUGGCAAAAGCGUGUUUUUUUGCUUUUUUAUGUUAUAGAUUCCCUCUAUUCGAUUUUUAAAGGUAAAAUUUUUAUUAGAGGUCAAAACCAAAGCUUUUUAA